CCGCAUUCAAAAGGAGUCUUAAAAAGAGGCUAUCCCUCUUAACUCUUCAGUUGCCGAUACCCUUAACACUCAUUAGAGCUAGAGCUAAUCUCAAAUGGGAACUUGGGAACUCAACAGCAGCGACCGUCAGCAGCGUCAUCCAGAUCCAUUUUGGAAACGCAUCGGCACUCGUCCUCACAUCGAUCGGAGCGAGACCAUGUCCACUGCCUUCCGUCUCGCCGCUCAACGGGCUCGUCCCAUGGCCAAUGUGGCCGCCCGAAACUCCCAAAGGCGCUCUGCUCAGACGGUCCCUCGUAUGGGAACCGAAGAGCAGAUGAAGGCCGAAGCUCUCGAGCAAAUCAAGGCUCGAGUUGCCUACCAGAAGGAAUUGAUGAAAACCAAGGACCCCAAGCAUCAGCUGGACGAAGAAAUCCAUGAGAUGUACAAGUGGGUCAAGGUCAGUUUCAUGGUCGGAGCCCCCAUCUGCCUCGCAUCCUUCAUCUUUUCGUUCGCCAUGGAAGCGCACCACACUCGCCCCGAUGGAGAACUCCCGGAAUACAUGGCUGUCCGCCACAAGGAAUUCCCCUGGGAAUGCAGCGACUGUGCUCUUUUCGAUCUCGGUUGCUGGAAGCAGUGCCGUGCCGAGAAGAAGUAAUUCUGUUGGAACUCAGUCAACAAAUUCCAUUAGUUCGGUUGGGUUAUCAAGAAAUAAUGUCUGGUGAGGCAUCAGUGAUAGUGACAGAAGAGCAACAUCCAUCCUCUUUCUUUUCAGUCUCUACUACGAGAAAGUUGAGGCCAAAAUAAUUCAUGAUUUAAACGAGAUCAUUAUUUGUUUUGUUGGAGAGUCCUUCUAUUGCUGGCCAUCUCUAUCUAGCUUGCUGGCUAGAUUCGAUACACCGAUCCCACGUUUUUUUUUAUUCAGUUUCCAACAUUAGCUCGUAAAUGUAUUAGCUCUGUCGUCCUCGCAUCAGGUGGUACUAGUAGAGCAGA